AUGGAACAGGCCUUUGAGCCACCCCAAGACGAUGGAUCAGGAUCUGACAGUGAUGAAUCCUUCACAUCAUCUUCAGACAUGUCAGAAGCCAUAGGCACCGAAGAACAACUCCUUGAUGAGCACGAGUCUUGUUUGUACACGCUUACUCUCGAUGCCGAGACACUUAUUGCAGCGCAACCUAGGGCUACUCAGCUCCAUCUCACGACUCAGACUAGAAAGCUUUUCAAGGACUACAAGCAGCAUGGUUCAAUGGCUCGGCUCCAGGUCGGAGUCGAGAAGCUUCUGGCUGCAGAUCCUGACGAGGAGAACAUACGGUUUCAAUGGCCAAAAGAUGACAAGGCUUCAGGGAGGCAAGGGCCAAACUCUGGCCGACCCGCUCAUUACGGCCAUGCUUGGAUGAUCAACUACACCGAAGAUGACGACGAGUACAAAACGUAUGGCAGAAUACCAUGUCCAUCUGACACAGUCAACAACCCACUCUUCCCAGAUUUGAAGCCACACCUCCAUCCACUGCGGAUUGUUGACCCAGAGUCGAUCCCUUACGUUACCACCCUUCCCUGGAAUCCGCUGGCAACCACUCUCACCUGGCCAGCCAAUCUCCAGUGGCCGAGAGGGCUGCUCGGCAAGAUCAACACGAUCCUGAGCAUUGUCGACUAUGAAUCUCGCGUCCGGCUUUUCCAUCAUGUGUCGAGAUAUGGGCCAUCGCCAGUCUUUCGAGCCGGUAUUGCACAGCACGUCCGGAGCCAUUAUUCGACCAUUUUCCAGACUGCAGAGCAACACUAUCUAAGUCUCACACCCGAAACCCGGUCGUUUUUGCGCUCGGUGUACGAAUCCAAGAAGUAUUUGAACCGCGCCGAACGAAGGUUAUUGGCGCAAGUUUGCAGAAUCGCUGAAGGAUCCAUCGACGUAUUUUGGGAAGACCUCAAUGACUCGAGGAGGGGGUUUGCUGCCAUGAAGGUGUUUGUCAUGGCUCGGGAGCUCGAAAAGUCGCAAGAAGCAAAAAAGCUGGAGCUGGAGAGACAGGAGACAGUCCCGUAG